AAAUGGCUCUGUGGAGUGUGCUGCUUCGACGUUUCAUGGAUUUGCUGCUGUGGUUGUUCGUGUGAUCUUAGUAUGCCCCGGUGCUGCGACUGUAUGACGUGUAAUUCCUGCAGCAACCCGUGUCAGAACUGCGGAAUACCAGCAUGCCAGUGCUUCCCAUGUUUUAGUAGCAAAUGCUUUAAGAAGUGGAAAUGCAGCCUGAAGUGCAGAAGUAGCAGCUGCUGCUGCAUGCCAAAGCACUCCUGCUGCCCAACCUGCUCUUGCACAAGGUCUACAUGUUAUCCUAAAUGUCCAAACCUAAAUCUAUGUUCAUGUUGUCACAAAAGCUGCUGCUUCCCUUGCUACUACUGUAUGUAAAUUUUAAUGGAUAUAUAUUUUUGUUUUAGUCA